AUAUUUGAUUGGCGAGGCUGAUUAGUGAAUUCCUCAAGGAAUAUAAAUAUACGCUUGACUUUCCCCCUAACCAUUCGAUCCUGCAGCCUCGAACAUAACGAUGAACUCCAAAUUGGUAAUCGUGUUCCUACUAGUCCUUUUGGCUAGUGUUGCCUUCAGUUAUCGUUCUUCAGGAGACAAAGGUAGAAAGGGCUCAAAGUACAGUUGGCGCAAAGGAGGAUCAAAAGGAGAUGGCUUAGGUCGAGGCUGGAAGGACGGUUCCAGCCCUGGAUCUGGCAGUGGCAAAGAAUCAGGAUCUGGCAGUGGCCAAGGAUCAGGAUCUGGCAGUGGCCAAGGAUCAGGAUCUGGCAGUGGGCAAGGAUCAGGAUCUGGCAGCGGCCAAGGCUCAGGAUCUGGCAGCGGUCAAGGAUCAGGAUCUGGCAGUGGCCAAGGAUCAGGAUCUGGCAGUGGCCAAGGAUCAGGAUCUGGCAGUGGCCAAGGAUUAGGAUCUGGCAGUGGCCAAGGAUUAGGAUCUGUAAACGGUCAAGGAUCAGGAUCUGGCAGCGGUCAAGGAUCAGGAUUUGGUAGCGGCCAAGGAGCAGGAUUUGGCAGCGGACAAGGAUCAGGAUUUGGCAGCGGACAAGGAUCAGGAUUUGGUAACGGUCAAGGAGCAGGAUUUGGAACCGGCCAAGGAUUUGGCAGCGGUCAGGGUUCAGGAGUCGGAAAUGGAGCAGGAAGUGGAGCAGGUACCGGAGCAGGAAGUGGAGCAGGUACCGGAGCUGGAAGUGGUGUUGGCGCUGGAGCAGGAAAUGGUGUAGGAGCUGGAACAGCUACUGGGUUCGGAGCAGGAUUCGGAGCCGGAGCAGGAAAUGCAUUCGGAGGAGCGGCCGGUGGUGCAAACAAUUAAAAACAGUCAAAUCACGAGAUAAAUGUUAAAUCAUAUGUGUUCAAAAUUAAGAGACUUCAUUGCUAGUAACAUUUUAAGCAAUUGAUUUUAGGUUAUCCAACUUCAUGUUCAUGUUAUUAAAUCUUUGUAAGUUUAUAAAGAAUAAACUUUCAGACUAAUUUAUUUUUUCCUCUUCA